AUGUCCUUGUCGACAGACCACCGUCAUCUAAGGUUCCUGGCUCUUGUGCUUCCAUGCCUCACUUUUUGCACACAUAGCCUCCUCGCCCUGUCCUUUAUCCUGCCGGGCUCCGAUCUCGACGACGCAUACUUGUCCGUGGCAUACAAUGUGCUUGCUUGCUGUGCGAGCAUACUGGGCCUAGUGGGCGCAAUCAGGUCAUUACCAAGUCUUGUGUCAGCUUACACACUGGUCCAUACCGUGACACUGUCGUUUGUCACGCUUGCUCUGAUCAACAUGGUGCUUCCCUGGGACUUCCGGCUGCUAAAUCCGCUAACGCCGAGCUAUGCCGUCGACGAGUCGUCGCUGUGCCGCGACAUGGAUGCGGGCUUUGGGUGGGAUGCCGAGUGGGUGCAAAAGUGCUCGCGGAGCCUGACCAUGAUCAGGUUUGGGGGCGCAGCAUUCGGCAUGCUGCUGAUGCUGGCCCAGUGGUGGGCCUUGAUAAGCGUGCGCACAUGGGGACACGAGCUACGCUCUGGCCGGCACAGGGUCCGAGGCGAUGUGGAAAAGGCUGGCCUUGUGUCUGGAACGAUUUACGAUGAAAAGACUGCAUUCUAG